CAGGGACAGGAUUCCUACUUUGGAGGCGAACCCCCGCUUUCCGAAGGUGUCGGAUACCUGGUUGUUCUCGGGUUUGGGGCUCUCUUCUCCGUCAUCACGACGGCGCUCGUCUGGCGCCAACGGAGAUGUUACCUCGGAGCACUUCAAGUACGUAGGUUGAAUCUUACGGCCGGGCGAAGCGUCAAGACAGGCCUUACGGCAAGUGUGAUUGUAUCUCAAUGGACAUGGGUAACUCUUCUCCAAUCAUCAAACGUUGCUUGGGCUUACGGUGUGUCUGGUCCCUUUUGGUAUGCCUCUGGUGCCACCAUUCAGGUUUUGCUCUUCGGAGUCUUGGCCAUCAACCUCAAGAAGGUGGCUCCCUCUGCACAUACCGUCGCUGAAAUUGUCAACGCACGGUGGGGAAAGACCGCUCAUCUGACGUUUCUCUUUUUCUGUUUCGCCGCCAAUAUCAUUGUGACUUCGAUACUCUUGCUCGGUGGAGCCGCCACCGUCGAAGCGCUUACUGGAAUGGAUUUCCGUCUUGCGUCUUUUUUGAUUCCUUGGGGAGUCCUUUUGUACACCGCUAGUGGAGGGCUCCAGGCGACUUUCUUGGCGAGCUACAUCCACACAGUGAUCAUCUACGCCGUGUUGAUCACGAUGAUCUUCCUGGUGUACAUCAAGUUCUACUCGAGUGACCAGAUCUACGAUUUCCUUGACCAGACCGUCUCUUUCACUACUGAAGAGUGUGAAGCUAUUUUCUCUGACGAUUCUGGAACUUUCUUCGAGGCCGGGAAGUAUGCGUGCGGUCCCGUUUCUGGCAACGAGAAGGGAUCGUAUUUGACCAUGAUUUCUGGAGAUGGUCUCAUGUUUGGAAUCAUCAACAUCGUCGGUAACUUUGGUACCGUGUUUGUGGACCAAUCUUACUGGCAAUCUGCUAUUGCUGCCAAGCCCAGCAGUGCCACCCGUGGUUACUUGCUUGGAGGAGUGUGCUGGUUUGCCAUUCCGUUCUCUCUCGCCACCUCUCUUGGCCUCGCCUCUACGGCUCUUAUGCUCCCAAUUACUUCUACUGAAGCCGGAAACGGUCUGGUCCCUCCUGCUGUCGCUUUCGAAUUGCUUGGCGAUGCUGGUGCCAUUCUCAUUCUAAUUAUGCUCUUCAUGGCGAUUGUGUCCACCGGAUCCGCCGAAUCAAUCGCUGUUUCUUCCUUGGUCGCUUACGACAUCUAUCGUCAGUACAUCAACCCCGAAGCUACCGGAGAUCAGAUUCUGUUCGUUUCCCGGGUCGUGAUUGUUGUUUUUGGCGUCUUCAUGGGGGGCUUUGCCAUUCUGUUGUUCGAAAUUGGGUUAACUUUGGGCUGGGUGUACCUUUUCAUGGGUGUCGUUAUUGGAUCGGCCGUCGUUCCGUUGUGGAACAUGAUGACUUGGAAGAAGGCGUCUGGUCCCGGUGCCGUCAUUGCGGCGUGGUCUGGUCUCGCGUUGGCCUUGACCGGAUGGCUCGUGGCUGCCAAAGUCCAGAGUGGUACUAUUUCUGUGGAAGCCCUCGGAACCAACCAGGUCAUGUUGAGUGGCAACUUGAUUGCCAUUUUUUCGUCCGGCAUUAUCCAUUACCUGUAUUCGACGUUCGUCGAUCCCCAGGACUACGACUUUGCUGAGCUCGAUACGCACAUUACUCUCGUAGAAGAGGACUACCGUGGAUUGACCGAGGAAGAGAAGGACCCGGUGUUGCUCCGUCGUGCCGAGCGUUGGAUCACUCGUCGUGGCUACGCGCUCACGUUGUUUUUAAUUUUUCUGUGGCCUCUUCUUUCCAUUCCUGCCGGUGUCUUUACCAAGAGCUACUUUGCGUUCUGGGUGUUGAUUGCUAUCGCGUGGGGCUUUGGAGCGGCUAUCGUGAUUACGAUUCUUCCGCUAACCGAGAGCGCCGAAGACAUCAACAUGGUCCUAUCGGGUUUGUUC